CCAAGAGAGGUUAUAAGUUUAAAAUUAGAGAUUGGCGAAACAUGUCAGUAGACCUAUACGGUGCUAAUGAAGAAAUAAGAAGAGCAUCUUUACUGUUUGGGAAUGGAGGGAUGAGUCAAGCUUCUAUCGUAUCAGGAGGAGUCUUUGGAAUCAAAGAUCAACAGAAUCAGCGAGAUGGUGGGAGAUAAUUUAAGGAUCAUGAACGAUCGUUUGUGUUUGAUUGAAAAAGACAGGAAACAGAUUAAAGAACGUGUGACAAACCUAGAGAAACUACAAAGAGUUACUUCAUAUGAAACUCCAAACAAUGAGACUGACACAACUCCAUUUCAUGAGACGGCUUCCAGACAAGGUGAAGCCAAUGCAGAUCAAGCAGAUGAACAACUUAACAAUGAGGAUACACGAGAGCCUAUGAAUGAGAUCACGAAAGAGACACCUGGUUCUCCAAUAGCUCAACAGAAUAUUGAGACUCCAGUCCUUACUCCAAUUCAGACGCAGCAGGAGACUCACGAGCUUAUGAAUGAGAUCAUUUCACCAAACAUUUCCGACACACAGCCAAAUACCCGAGCUCGCAGAAAUCUUUUAACAGAGCAAAAUAAGGUAUUACUUUCAUUAAAACCUUUAAUAAAAUACCAGCAACUAUCAAAAUGA